AUGAUUCUUCCACCCAAGACAACCAGAAAGAGAAGCGGCGAAAGUAGGCAGACUUGCCGGACGCCCGCAUGCACCUCGAUGUCUUCGGAGAUGAGGCUGUCAACUAUCGAAACUAAUACUGUGGCAACUGUGGAAUGGUCCAUGAAGUUUUUAGAAAACAUGAGAAAGGACAAAGGUGGUAAGGGGGGUGUCAUUUUGAAUGUCUCGUCAAUUUAUGGGUAUAUGGUCGAUGAGCUUUCGCCUUUCUACAAAGCUUCAAAAUACGCCGUUAUGGGUUUUUCAAGGACACUAGGCCACACCAAAAACUAUAAUGUAACUGGCGUUAAAGUUCUUGUUAUUUGUCCUGGGAUAACAAAUACAGAUUUCAUUCUAGACAUGACAAUUAAUGAAGCACUGGACUUUCAAAAAGAAGGAAUGCAUGAAUUAGUAACUAUCUGGCCAAAUCAAGAUAAAGAAGAUGUGGCCAACGCAGCAGUGAAAAUCUUGGAAAAUGGCCCAAGUGGCUCUGCUUGGAGUAUAAUCGGUGGAGAACUACAAUUACUAGAAUAGUGAAAUGCAUUUACAUCGUUUUAUAUGUAUUUCAAUUGCCUAAGUACCUUAUCAAA